CUGUCCUUGCCCGGCGUGCAGCCUAAGGUGGGGACGGCUGAGCUAUGGCGGCCCUGCUGAGACCGGCCCGCUGGCUCUUCCGCGCCGGGGCGGCCCCGCACCUCCCGCUCUCCCUGCGUCUUCUAGCGGGCGGCCCGAGCCGGCCGCACGCCGCCUUCUGUCCGCGCGCCGCUCGCGCCGGGCCCGUCGCCGGAGAGCUACUGAGCCAAGCCAGGCUAUAUGCCAUUGCUGCUGAAAAAAAGAAUUAUCUUCAAGAGGAGCCCAGUUCUUCUCAUAGAAGGAAUGCCGGUCAGUUUGAUUGGGCUCUAAUGAGGCUAGAUAAUUCUGUCCGAAGAACUGGCCGCAUCCCUAAGACUCUUCUACAGAAAGUCUUUGAUAACAUCUGCCACUCAGGUAGCCCAGGUGGUAAUCAAGCCUUGCUUCUGCUGCGCAGCUGUGGUUCUCUCUUGCCUGAACUAAAGCUCUCAGAGAGAACAGAAUUUGCUCAUAGGAUAUGGGACAAACUUCAGAAAUUGGGUACUGUGUAUGAUGUAAGUCACUAUAAUGCUUUGCUUAAAGUCUACCUUCAAAAUGAGUAUAAAUUUUCACCAACUGACUUCUUGGAAAAAAUGGAGAAAGCAAACAUUCAACCAAAUCGAGUGACAUACCAAAGGUUGAUUGCUGCUUAUUGUAAUAUGGGAGACAUUGAAGGUGCCAGCAAGAUUCUUGGAUUUAUGAAAACUAAGGAUCUUCCAGUCACAGAGGCAGUAUUCAGUGCUCUUGUUACGGGGCAUGCAAGAGCUGGAGAUAUGGAGAAUGCAGAAAAUAUUCUCACAGUGAUGAAAGAGGCUGGAAUUGAGCCUGGUCCGGACACAUACCUAGCACUGUUGAAUGCAUAUGCCGAGAAGGGUGACAUUGACCAUGUUAAACAGACCCUGGAGAAAGUGGAGAAGUCUGAUCUUUACCUUAUGGAUCGUGAUAUAUUGCAAAUUAUCUUUAGCUUCAGUAAAGCUGGGUAUCCUCAAUAUGUCUCAGAAAUUUUGGAAAAAAUUACAUAUGAAAGAAGAUAUAUUCCAGAUACAAUGAACCUCAUUUUGCUUUUGGUCACUGAAAAAUUGGAAGAUACAGCAUUGCAGAUUUUAUUAGCAUGUCCUAUAUCAAGGGAAAACAGUCUGAGUGACUUUGGCAGUUUCUUUUUACGACACUGUGUGACUAUGAAUACGCCUGCAGAGAAGCUUAAAGACUACUGUAAGAAAUUAAAGGAAGCCCAGAUGCACACAUCUCCUUUCCAGUUCACACUCCAGUGUGCUUUACUAGCCAGAAAAUUCGAUUUGGCAAAAGCUCUAAUGAAGGCUCUGAAGGAAGAAGGUUUUCCUAUCAGAACUCAUUAUUUCUGGCCAUUACUAGUUGGACAUCAGAAGGAGAAAAAUGUUCAAGGUAUAGUUGAAGUCCUCAAAGGAAUGCAUGAAAUAGGAGUAACUCCUGAUCAAGAGACAUACAUAAAUUACGUGUUUCCAUGCUUUGAUAGUGUAAAGUCAGUUCGUGCUAUUUUGCAGGAAAAUGAAUGUCUACAUGAAGAUAGUAUAUUUUCUCAAGCUGAAUUGAGAAUUGAAGCAGUAAAUGGAAACUUAGACUAUAUUUUAUCAUUUUUGGAAUCAAAUACAUUGCCUUUCUCAUUUGCUUCAUUGAGAGGCAGCCUAAUUCUAGGCUUUAGGAGGUCUAUGAAUAUAAACCUUUGGAGCAAGAUAACAGAACUGUUGUACAAGGAUGGACGUUAUUGCCAGGAGCCUCCAGGACCAACGGAAGCUGUUGGCUAUUUUCUUUAUAACUUGAUUGACAGCAUGAGUGACUCAGAGGUACAGGCCAAGGAGGAGCGUUUGAGACAAUACUUCCAUCAGCUGAUGGAGAUGAAUGUAAAAAUUCCUGAAAAUAUCUACAGAGGCAUUCGUAAUCUGCUGGAUAGCUACCAUGUUCCUGAAUUGAUUAAGGAUGUUAAUAUGUUGGUUGAAAGAGAGAAGACAGACUCUCGAAAAACUACGCAGCCUACAUCAUCUGAUUUGGAGUCUAAACUUGAAAAACUAAAAGCUGAAAAUCAACCUAUAGGAGAUGUCCUAAAGCAACUCAUAUUAAUGCUGUGUUCAGAAGAGAACAUGCAAAAAGCUCUUGAAUUGAAAGCAAAAUAUGAAUCAGAUAUGGUUAUUGGUGGCUAUGCCUCUUUAAUAAAUUUGUGCUGUCGACAUGAUAAUGCAGAAGAGGCAUUGAACCUGAAACGAGAAUUUGACCGUUUAGAUUCUUCUGCUGUCCUUGAUACCAGCAAGUAUGUAAGACUUGUAAAAGUAUUGGGAAAACAUGGCAAGCUCCAAGAUGCUAUUAACAUUCUAAAGGAGAUGAAAGAGAAGGAUGUUCUUAUCAAAGAUGCAACAGUCUUGUCCUUUUUCCACAUCCUAAAUGGCGCAGCUUUAAGAGGUGAAACUGAAACAGUAAAACAGUUGCAUGAAGCCAUCGUGACUCUAGGGUUAGCAAAACCAUCUACCACCUUAAGUUCCCCAUUGGUCACCCUGUAUCUGGAAAAGGAUGACUUACCUACUGCUCUUGAAGUCAUGAUUGACUGCUAUGAAAAGUAUAAAAUACUACCAAGGAUUCAUGAUGUCCUAUGUAAACUGAUAGAGAAAGGCGAGACUGAUCUAAUUCAGAAAGCAAUGGACUUUGUGAGCCAAGAACAAGGUGAAAUGACUAUGCUGUAUGAUCUCUUCUUUGCCUUCCUACAAACAGGAAAUUACAAAGAGGCCAAGAAGAUCAUUGAGACUCCAGGCAUUAGAGCUCGGCCUACAAGACUUCAGUGGUUUUGUGAUAGAUGUAUUGCAAGUACUCAGGUUGAAACUCUAGAAAAAUUAGUGGAGCUGACACAGAAGCUAUUUGAAUGUGAUAGAGACCAGCUAUACUACAAUCUGUUAAAACUAUACAAAGUGAAUGGUGACUGGCAAAGAGCUGAUGCUGUCUGGAAUAAAAUGCAAGAAGAAAAUAUUAUUCCUCGUGGGAAGACAUUGAGGUUAUUAGCGGAAAUCCUUAGGAACAGUAACCAAGAGGUUCCAUUUGAUGUACCUGAGUUGUGGUAUGAGGAUGAAAAACAUUCCCUGACUUCAUCACCUUCACCUGUAGAAGUUAGUCUCCAGAAAGAGCUAUUGAAUGCCUGCCACGGGAGGAGAGACAAAGAUGCAUUUAAUAUUUUCCUGAAAGCGAAAAAGCAAAACAUUGUGUUCAAUAGUGAAACUUAUGCCUGUCUUAUAAACUUACUGUUGAUGAAGGAUAAUCCUACACAAGCAAUGCAAGUGAAAGAUUUCGCUGAGACCCACAUCAAGGGCUUCACACUGAACGAUGCUGCCAACAGCCUCCUCAUCAUAACGCAAGUUAGGCGGGAUUAUUUGAAAGAUGCUGUAACAACACUAAAAACAGCCUUGGAUCUGGAGCAGAUACCUUCUAGGGUAGCAGUGACCCGCCUUAUUCAGGCAUGUGCCUUGAAGGGUGAUACAGAAAGCAUACAAGACAUUCAGAAGUUGGUAAAUGGACUGGAAGAUUCAAUUGGACUUUCCCGUAUGGUUUUCAUCAAUAACAUUGCUUUGGCACAAAUAAAGAACAAUAACAUAGAUGGUGCAAUAGAAAACAUUGAAAAUAUGCUUACUUCAGGGAACCAAACCAUGGAACCUCAGUACUUUGGCUUGGCAUACUUAUUCCGAAAAGUCAUAGAGGAGCAGUUGGAACCAGCACUUGAAAAGAUAAGCAUCAUGGCGGAGAGAUUGGCCAAUCAGUUUGCAAUUUACAAACCUGUCACCGAUCUUUUCCUUCAGCUUGUGGAUUCAGGCAAGGUGGAUGAUGCCAGAGCUCUCCUACAGAGAUGUGGUGCAAUUGCUGAACAAACCCCAAUUUUCUUGGUGUUCUGUAUUAGGCAUUCUCGGAGACCCGGAAAGGCACCAACUGUGAAGUCUUUGUUAGAAUUGAUUCCUGAAUUAACUGAAAAGGAAGAAGCAUACACUUCCAUCAUGAAAAGCUAUGUCUUGGACAGUGAUGUCGCAUCUGCUAAAGCACUAUAUGAAAAUUUGACGGCGAAGGAUGUAAAAUUGAAUGAUCUGUUUCUAAAGCGUUAUGCAGUUUUGCUGAAGAAUGCUGGAGAGUCUGUCCCUUUCACUGAACCCCCUGAAAGCUUUGAAUUUUAUGCAAAGCAGCUAAAGGAGUCAAAGGAAAACCCUUUGUGAAGCAAGCCGGCACUACUUUAUUUUGUGUGUAUUUGUGAUUCUGUGUCUAAAAUGUUACUUUUUAAAUGUAUUUGAGAGGACAGAAUAAACAAAUGAAAAGUUA